CGGCGAACAUCGAUUCACGGACACUCAUGACUUAUGUUAACUUUAUGGUGCAGUGAUAGUGAUGGAAAUGGAAUCCUGACCUACGAUGUAGGCCCGGUUAAGUGAUAAAGCUUUUCACGUAAGGACUAAUAGGUGGCUGUGUUAAUCGAAAAUGGCGUCAUCGGUCCGGAAAUAGUGCGUCGGGCCGAGGCGAUGGGCCUGACGUAGCGGCGGAAUGCAGGAGGACGAAAGGCGGUUGUCGUUCCCGCCGCCGGCGCCGCUCCAUUCGCCAGGGGAGGAGAUAGACGGCUCACGCUUGCUCGGCGAAAUAGUACGGACGCUAGAGGCCACCAACUCAGAGGCGGCGGCACCGCUAGCGGCGUCGCAGUCCAAAGAUGCCCUCGACACGGAGUGCGAGAAUCCGAAGCCGCGGCGGGAGGAGCUGCGGAUCCCUCUCGAUGUCACCUUCUCGGAGCCCCCGCCUGGGCGAAGCGACGAGCCUAGAGCGGUCGUCACUCCGUUCACGCGCGAGUCAGCCAAGCGUGCGGGGUCGAGAGGAGCGCAGUUGGUCAGAGAGUUCGGAUUCAUGCCCCGGCGGCGGCUCAGUGUCGAAGACGGAGCGCGCUUACCGAGAAAAUAUGAACCUUUCCCGCCUAAGCUGUACGGACGGCCGCUCGAAGAGAUCGACAACUUCAUUUACGAUGAGACCUUCUGCGUGGUAUCCAAGCGGUUUCGGAAGAACUACAUCCACCGUUUCACGGCCACCAGGUCGCUGUUCUGGUGGUCGCCAUGGUCACCGGUCCGCCGCGCCUGCGUCUACCUCUCCACUAACCAGUACUUCGACUACUUCGUCAUGGCUACUAUCCUGCUCAACUGUGUCUUCCUUGCCAUGUCGGAGACUAUCGAAGAGGCUGAGUACAUUUUCCUGGCGAUCUAUACGGCGGAGAUGAUAAUCAAGUGCAUAGCGAAGGGGUUUAUUCUGAACAAGUACACAUACUUACGGAACCCGUGGAAUUGGCUGGACUUUGUUGUGAUCACGUCGGGAUAUGCUACUAUUGGUAUGGAGGUUGGAAACCUGGCUGGCUUGCGGACCUUCAGGGUGCUGAGAGCGCUCAAAACUGUUUCUAUAAUGCCUGGUUUAAAAACAAUCAUCAACGCACUGCUCCACUCGUUCAAGCAACUAGCCGAAGUAAUGACGCUCACAAUAUUCUGCCUCAUGGUGUUCGCACUAUUCGCCCUGCAAGUAUACAUGGGGGAACUGAGGAACAAAUGCGUGAAGAACCUGGUUAUACCAGCGGGGGAGAAUUUCACAGAUGAACUUUGGGCACAGUGGAUAAAGGACCCUUCACACUGGAUGAUGAAUGAUGAAGAAUUGCCUAUUUUGUGUGGAAACCUCACCGGGGCCAGACAUUGUCCGCCGGAAUACACGUGUUUGUGUGUCGGCCCGAACCCCAACCAUGGAUACACGAACUUCGAUAACUUCCUCUGGUCCAUGCUCACUACGUUCCAACUCAUCACUUUGGAUUACUGGGAAAAUGUUUAUAAUAUGGUACUAUCAUCCUGUGGUCCGAUGUCAGUGUCAUUUUUCACGGUAGUUGUGUUUUUCGGAUCUUUCUACCUCAUCAACCUAAUGCUGGCCGUCGUAGCGCUGAGCUAUGAAGAGGAAUCGCAGAUAACACAGGAGGAAAGAAAAAAAGACCUAAACGAGCACCGGGACGAUUCAACCUUCAGUUUCGACCCGUCAUCACUCGCCGUACGAACACUCGCAAAAGACAAGAAGAAACGUAUCGACGCUAGGAAAGGACUCUUGCUUGCUUCAUACUCCAGAAAAAGAACGAGGAGACGCAAAAGAGGCAAGACAGUACACCAUGCUGUUACUUCAACCGCUGCUGAUUGUAAUAGAUCGAGAUCGCGGUCCCGUUCCCGCUCUGUCACACCGAGCGGGUCUCCACCGCCGAUACCACCUGUGCCAGCCCCUCCCCCACCCUCGCACACAUUGCACCCAGAUAAUGCUUUAGGUCGCGGCGCGCUCAGUGUGGCCGGGCGGCAACUCAGCGACCACAGCAACAACCGCGAGUCGUCCCUCGACGACUCCGGCGUGGUGGACGACCACGACGACGGCGAGCACACGUCGGAUGACCAGGCGCCCCACCCACCGCACCCACCCCGCCGACUCCUGUUACCGCCUCCACCACCGCAUCCGCUGCAGUCGCCAAUACUUUCGUUGCCACCGCCACCGCCAAUUACACCGCAACCGCCAAUCACAGUACAUAAAACAGAAACUAAAAUUCAGGAAUCGAAAAAGAAGAAUGGUGCAAAAACGGACAAGGAUGCCGAUAAAACUUCAAAAAAAGAGAAAAGUAGCAUUCAAGAGAGAUAUCCGCUGAAUCCUGACUAUCUCAACCAGAUCGUCGUGUUAGGGGCGGACUGGCCAUACAAGCACGCGCCCGACCUCCCGCAAGCGGAGACGACGAAAAUUAAUGAGCUCAGUUUAUUGGCAGCCACGCACAAAACUCAUAUGGGCAAUUACGAGCAAAAUUGCACUUACUUCACAGAUGAACUUGUGGAUAGGAACUGCGAAUGCUGUGUUACAUGUUGUAUAGACUAUGAGGGUUGGCUGCAAUUUCAAAACGGCUUAUAUGGCAUUGUAAAAGACCCUCUAUUCGAGUUGUUCAUUACAACCUGUAUUGUUCUGAAUACGCUGUUUCUUGCUUUAGAACAUCAUGGAAUGAGUGAAAAUGUUAGAUCAGCGUUAGAUAUAGGAAAUAAGGUGUUUACGUCAAUAUUUACAUUAGAGUGUAUAAUGAAAGUGAUGGCGAUGAGUAAAGAUUUUUUCGCAUGCGGAUGGAAUAUUUUCGAUUUGAUCAUUGUGUCGGCCAGUCUGUUAGAUCUUAUAUUUGAACUAGUAGAUGGCCUAUCCGUUUUAAGAGGUCUACGUUUGUUGCGAGUUUUAAAAUUAGCUCAGUCAUGGACUACAAUGAAAGUGUUGUUGAGUAUAAUAAUAUCGACAAUAGGUGCUCUCGGUAACUUGACGUUCGUGUUAGUGAUAGUUAUUUACAUAUUCGCCGUGAUCGGUAUGCAGUUGUUUUCCAAAUCCUAUACACCAGAUAAGUUUGACCCAGAUCCAGUGCCAAGGUGGAAUUUUAACGACUUUUUUCACUCGUUCAUGAUGAUAUUUCGGAUACUUUGUGGCGAGUGGAUCGAACCGUUAUGGGACUGUAUGCGAGCAGAACAGGCCAGUGGAGCAGAAAGUUGCUUCUUUAUUUUCCUUCCUGCUCUUGUGAUGGGAAAUUUUAUGGUGCUCAACCUCUUUCUUGCCCUGCUGCUCAAUAGUUUUAACAGUGAAGAACUUAAAAAUAGAAAAGAGGAAGUAGGAGAAGAUUCAAAAUUAGCUAAAAGUUUAGAUAGAUUACGCUCUAUAGUAAGAAAAAAAGGUUUCCUUAUAUCUAAAAGUAAAGAGACUGAAAAGAAAUCUAAAUUAGAAGAAUUAGUUAACGAAUUUAUGUUACAACAUCGUGCUAUGAAAGAGAAGAAAGCGUCAAUUCCUAGCGAACAGAGGUUUUCGGCAUCAAUACAGGAGACUAUUUUAUUUCCCCAUGACAAUAUUUAUAGUCAUAGUUAUCAAGAAGCUCUUAAUAGACCCAUAUCAGUAGGAUCUGACUUUGCGUAUCCACACCUAUAUCAAAUUGGCAAUAAUCAUGGUAGCCAAGAGACACUAAAAGAUGUAAGAGAUUUGGCAGCAGAACACAAAAUAACUAGCAUUAGGGAAGAUUCUAAAGAAAAUCUGGAUGAUACAACGGACCAAGUAGCUGCUCAAAGGCUAUUAAACCAAAUGUCUUCUGGUUAUCACACACAGCCUUCGGAUUCAAGAGAGGAUAACGAAAACUAUGAAAUGGCACAAAUAUCUUGCAAGACGACUCCAGAAAAGUCAAAAAGAGUCCGCGAUGAAUCUGGGAAAUUUUUGAAAGAAGCAAUUAAAAAACCAGAUGAAGAUGAGAUGAAGCAUCCGUGGCAGACAUUAGUUUCAUAUGUAGAUGAGUUAACAGUUGGUGGAAGGAAGAACUCGCAAGGACAAUACAUUGAUCCCAUGGGAAAGUUUCCAGGUUUUGGAAAACGGAAGGAACCUAAAGUGCCGCAAGAUUGUUUCCCUCGUUAUUGUUACAAUGCAUGCUCUUGUUGGGACGCUUGUAUAGAAACAAGGUUAGGCCAAAAGUGGAUGUUCAUUCGCACAUACGUACUGCGCUAUGUUGAUACACCAGCAUUCGAGUGGUUUGUUUUGGUCCUCAUUUUCGCCUCCAGUAUCACUCUAUGUUUUGAAGACAUUCAUCUCGAGAAGAAUAAGCCACUCAAAAAGAUACUUUACUGGACUAAUCUCAGUUUCUGCAUGAUUUUCGUGAUUGAAAUGUUUUUUAAAUGGAUUGCUUUGGGGUUCUAUCGAUAUUUCACGAGUUUUUGGACCCUUUUAGAUUUCACUAUAGUUUUUGUUUCUGUGUUUAGUUUAUUAAUAGAAGAAAAUGAAAAUUUAAAAGUAUUGCGUUCCUUGCGCACGUUACGAGCUUUAAGACCGCUAAGGGCGAUAUCGAGAUGGCAAGGAAUGAGGAUAGUGGUAAAUGCUCUUAUGUAUGCAAUACCGAGCAUUUUCAAUGUGUUGUUAGUCUGUUUAGUGUUUUGGUUAAUAUUUUCCAUAAUGGGAGUUCAAUUUUUUGGCGGGAAGUUUUUUAAAUGUGUGGAUGAGGAUGGCGAAUUGUUACCGUUAGAGAUAGUUAAUGAUAAGUGGGAAUGCUAUUAUAAUAAUUUUUCCUGGAUAAAUUCUAAGAUAUCGUUCGACCAUGUUGGUAUAGCAUAUUUAGCGUUGUUUCAAGUAGCAACUUUCGAGGGUUGGAUGGAAGUAAUGGCUGAUGCGGUUGACGCUAGAGGAGUUGACUUACAACCGGCAAGAGAAGCUAACCUCUAUGCGUAUAUUUACUUCGUAAUAUUUAUAGUGUGUGGAUCGUUCUUCACACUUAACCUAUUUAUAGGAGUAAUUAUAGAUAAUUUUAAUAUGCUCAAGAAAAAGUACGAAGGCGGGGUCUUAGAAAUGUUUCUCACAGAGAGUCAGAAACAUUAUUAUACCGCGAUGAAGAAAUUGGGCAGGAAAAAGCCGCAGAAAGUAAUAAAGAGGCCAAGGAAUCAAUUUUUAGCGAUGUUUUACGAUUUAUCUAACUCUCGUAGAUUUGAAAUAGCAAUUUUCGUACUCAUAUUCUUAAAUAUGCUCACUAUGGGCAUUGAGCAUUACGACCAACCGCAUUCAGUUUUCUUCGUGCUAGAAGUUAGUAACGCGUUUUUUACUACAGUUUUCGGAUUAGAGGCCAUCGUCAAAAUAGUAGGGUUAAGGUAUCAUUAUUUUACGGUACCAUGGAAUGUAUUCGACUUUCUGUUAGUUUUAGCUUCAAUAUUAGGUAUAUUAAUGGAAGAUAUAAUGAUAGAUUUACCUAUAUCACCCACACUUUUACGAGUAGUUCGAGUCUUUCGCAUAGGAAGAAUUUUAAGACUGAUUAAAGCCGCUAAGGGCAUUAGGAAACUACUUUUCGCUCUGGUCGUGUCUCUACCGGCCCUCUUCAAUAUCGGUGCCUUGCUUGCGUUAAUAACUUUCAUCUACGCCAUCAUCGGCAUGUCUGUCUUCGGACAUGUCAAGGAGCAAGGUGCUCUAGAUGAUAUUGUAAAUUUUCAAACCUUUGGUAGAAGCAUGCAGUUACUUUUUCGUCUUAUGACGUCAGCAGGUUGGAAUGAUGUUCUAGAAUCUUUAAUGAUUCAGCCGCCAGAUUGUGAGUUAGGUGACCACGGUCACACCAAUGGAAAUUGCGGAAGCCCCUUAUUAGCAAUAACUUACUUUACGUCGUUCAUUAUCAUAAGCUACAUGAUUGUGAUAAAUAUGUACAUAGCGAUAAUUCUAGAAAAUUUUAAUCAAGCUCAUCAAGAGGAGGAAAUCGGUAUAGUGGAGGAUGAUCUCGAAAUGUUUUAUAUUAGAUGGUCCAAGUAUGACCCUCAUGCAACACAGUUCAUAAGUUUUGCUCAACUAUCAGAUUUUAUAGCGUCGUUAGAUCCCCCCUUAGGUAUAUCUAAACCGAAUACAGUAGCGCUAGUGAGUUUCAACCUUCCGAUUGCCAAGGGCAAUAAGAUCCAUUGUUUAGAUAUACUUCAUGCUCUGGUAAAACACGUGCUAGGUCAUGUUGAGGAAACGGAAACAUUCCGCCAGUUGCAAGAGCAAAUGGAUAUUAAGUUCAAGAAACAAUUUCCGACAAGGAAGGAAUUGGAAAUCGUUUCUUCUACUAGGAUAUGGAAACGGGAGGAUAAGGCGGCGCGAACUGUACAGCGCGCGUGGAGGGAGUAUCAAAAGCGGAAGAACCGCAGUCCGUCACAAGAGGAAGAAAGCACGAAAUGGUCUCCCGGCGGCGGGUGGGGCGGCCGUCUUAGCGCAUUACUACACGUACGGCGAAGCUCACACGCGUCCAGCAGGAAGUCCUCCCGAGCUUCUGAUGCCUCUGAUAUCAGUGAGAUCGGAGGAGCCUGGCUCAACCUCCCGCUCUUGCUUCUACCCGGUGCAGCACCCAACGAACAGGCUAGCGGUUCAGAAGGACCUCCCCCGCGACGGAGGUCAGCGUACGGUUUGCCACUAUUCCUUCGUCAUCAGGACGCCGUUGACGAAGAUGGUGGGCCCAAACGAGCAGGUUCCCUUCGGUUAGCGUCCCGUCGGAACUCCGCUCGGCGCGCGACCACCCCCGCGCGCGUGAACACCCCGUCCCCCUCCCCACACGCGAGCAGCGCAGUGAGCAUCCUCGUCACGGAAGCUUCCCCGGACGCCGUCCCGCCGCCGCCCGCGCCCCCCACCGUCGUCAAAGUCCUAGUUCACAGAGAGAGCGACGAGCAACCCAGCUGAUCCACGACCGACGAGCCGCCCGGGCUCCAAACACCUAGCUAGUCGACGACACUAGCAGAGACAGUGUGUGUCAAAGUUUAAUCGAAUAUUGUGUUCAGACACGGGUAACUCAGUGAUAUAUUAUGCAUAGAUUUACUAUUAUUUCGAAUCGACAUAGUUUAGUGAUGUUAAAUGUAUUUUAAAUAUCGUCAGACCCGACAACAUGAACACUUCCGACGUAUUUGAGACGACAUGAACACUUCCGAAACGCAAUAAUUUAAUAGUGUUAAUUGAAUGGUCGAUGAGCCGUUACCGAUUAAAUCUUGUAAUAUUAACGAUUGUUUAUAAUAAAUUGUUUUUUCCAGCUUUAAGCUUGAUUAGGAAUGCUGAUUCGUUUAUGAGGCUGUUUUCUAUAGAAUAGGAGCGUUAUUUGUUAUUGUAAAUAUAUUUAAGCUGUGGCCGAAAUAAUGUAUUAAUUAUUAAUUGAAAUAGCUUGUUUUUAUUCAUAAUGCGUUAAUAGUUACGAAUUAGUACCGUUCGAAUGAGGUAGUAGAUAAACCACACCAAUUGCCUUAAAAAUAGUUUUUAAAAGUUAAAAUGCAUUUGCAUGAUAGAAAUGCACUUAUAAAUUUGACAAUUUCCCGCCUAAACAUCAUCACAGAAUGCGUUUUUAUAGUGUGUUAAAAUUUUAAAAAGUGAUUUAAUAGAAAUAAUUGUUUUAAUAGUAAGAAUCAACUCGCACAAAUUAAGUUAUGUAAUUAAUAAUAGUCAAUAAUUUCUAUGCCACAUAAAAUAAUUAUACUUGACAAUAUUCCAUUAUAGGCUGAGAUAACUGCAAAAAUUUCCAGUUAACGUUCAUUGUUAAAAUUAAUAAUGCUGCUGUCAAUUCAUCAUCGCAUGUAAAGUUUUAAAUUUCCAUAUUGUAGUGUUUUUAGCUUUAUUAUUCCCGUCCAAUGAUCAUUGGUAACAUUUGUUUUUCCUUGCACCGUGCAGAACCGGAUAUUUCCCAACGUCGCGGUCGGUUGGAAAGAAAAUAUAUUAAGUAAUCGGGAUCACUACCUAUUAAUAUAGUUAAUUUCAAUGUGAUAUAGUAGUAAAGUUAAUAAUAAUAUACAUAAAGCAGUUAUAUUGUUUGGAAGUUUGUUACGGUUCAUUGCGCUUAAUUGGUACAUGCUUAUACGAACUAAGAUACCUGUAUUCAAAACUACCUUCAUAAUGUCGAACAAUAACUUAACUAAAAUCGUCUAAGAUUGCACCGACCUAAGAUUUCCAAAAUAUAUCCUCCUUCGGAAUACAAAUCACAAUUAUAACUUACGGUUAUUUGAAAAAAAGGACAAUAUAACGUAUUUCUUCAAAUGAUAUUUCUAGAAUUUUUUACUUUAUUAAUCUUGUUACUUGUAUCAAAUUGAUUCUA